CCCAUCGGACACAUGAGACACAUGAUCACACGGAUAUGGAACUUGAAGCUGCAACAUGGCCACAUUCUCAUUUCUGUUGAGCAUAAUCUUCGACGCUCACAUCAAAGUAUAGUCUCUACUUGUUCCGCACCACAUACUACUUACUUUAUGAUCGUGGUGAAGAACGAUAUAAAAAUACCUUCGUGAAUAUUUCUUUGCGACAUGAUCACUUCUAUGAUUCAUAGUGGAGGACCUAGAAAAUGGAAAUGGAAAUGCUCUCUACUGAACAACACCUCCUCGUGCUCUCUAGUACUCCUCUUUGCCUCCUCUUUCUGAAGAAGAUCCACAUCCAGAACCAGAUCCUCUACUAAGUCAGACCACCGAUCUUACAAGUCAAUAAAGAACUGCUCCGUCGUCGACAUUUUUUUAAUGAAUACAAGAACAGACACCAACGAACAGUUAAAACGCUGUACUUUGUGCGAGAUAAGUUGUAUUGUGUCGUAUUGUACUUCGCUUCUUGUUCUUUAGACCUUCUAAAGAUACGAAUAGAAUACGUAAAGAACAAAAAAUGGUGAAGUUUUUGCGGCACAGCGACAAAACGGAGCGGACGUUCAAGCCACUCACGAGGAAAAAAAUUGCAGAUGUGGACGUUUGCGUUCCGGGAAGCAAAAAGAAGAAGAAGAAGAAGGCUCCUGCUCAGCGACCGGCAGCUCCAAUAGAAGUAGAAGAACCAGCGGAAGAGCAGUUUCUCUCUCAAGCUGAGAAGCGUGCGAGGAAUAAGGCAUUAGAAGCCAGAAUACGAGAGCAAGCACAUGUUGAAGCUUUUUUUUAAGGCACAGAAAAACAUAACCCUUUACACAGCCCAUUCUUCUCAUUCCCCUUUUACACAAGGGGAAUCCAUACUGGGUUGCUGGCGUAAGGUUGGGCUUUUCUCUUCGCUAAUUUUUGAAGGGGAAGAAACAAGUUUCGAAAAACGGACAUGCCAAUAAAGCAAAGAAAGGAGUUGAUAGUGUGGUAGUUUCGCAGCUACAGAAAUCAACGAGGAAAAUCAUGGCAACGACAGGAGAUGGCAAUGUUGGAGGACAAACUCCUACUAAGGUCAGCUGGAAGCCGGAAGUGGAUGUAAUCGAGAAGGAAAGCACGCAAAAGCUCAUGAAUACUGCGUUACAAAGGGUACUGCAGAGGAGAGGCCAAAGGUCCUGAGUUCACAUCCAAGAACAUGUUGAGCUAGAUUUAAUAUCGUGCAUUCCUUGAUUAUAAAUCUUUACCUUCCUCCUGUUCAUCCAAUGAUCCCAUACAUAGCCAUAUAAAUCCAUUUUCAGCCAGAAUCACCGCAGUUGUGACAGGAGUCGAUGUUCGAGCUUGGCUUGCAAGACUGCCAGAAGAAAAAAUUUGAUGCGAUUGAUUGCGCGAGAGAACAAAGAAGAGAUAACUUACUUUUCGGUCACGAUAAGUUCCAUUUCUAUUGUCGGAGAGACAAAGGCAUGUG